CUCAUUGAUUUUGGGAGCAUAAAUAGCCAAGAAAGAAGGCUUUAUUGGUCAUAGUUAACUCUAGUUUCUGAGAAGGCGAAGAAAGAACACUUGUUUAAUUUUCGCACUUCACAGUAGCAUCAAGUUCUUAUAUAUACAUUUAUACAUAUAUAAAAAAAGAAUACUGUUCAAAAUGACUGAAGUUCAAGGUGAAACGCAACAGAAAAGCUCCCCGGUGCACAGAAAUGGUGUGGUUGCUUCGGAGAUGUCUACGGUGGAGGAUGUGUUUGACGAAACGUAUAAGGAAAAAGAAGGUCCAAAACCCCCAAAGCAAAUAGUAUGGAGAAAUGUUGUGUUGAUGAUUUUGCUGCAUUCAGGAGCCGUGUACGGACUUACACUUGUACCUUAUACGUCUGCUUCAACCUUGGCGUGGACUGUUGUAUGCUUUUUGUUUAGUGCUUUGGGAAUAACAGCUGGGGCACACCGUCUUUGGAGUCACAGGUCCUACAAGGCCAAACUACCUCUGCGGAUCUUCCUGGCUUUUGCGAAUUCCAUGGCUUUUCAGAAUGACAUCUAUGAGUGGGCUCGGGACCACAGAGUUCAUCACAAGUUCUCUGAGACUGAUGCUGACCCCCAUAAUGCCCUCCGUGGGUUUUUCUUCAGUCAUAUUGGCUGGCUUCUAGUGCGCAAGCACCCAGAUGUGAUUGAGAAGGGGAAGAAGUUGGAACUAGCAGACCUGAAGGCUGAUAAAGUUGUAAUGUUUCAAAGAAAAUACUACAAGCUCUCUAUUCUGAUCAUGUGCUUCAUGGUUCCCAUGAUGGUGCCCUGGUACCUGUGGGGAGAGUCUCUGUGGGUUGGUUACUUUAUUCCUGGGCUGCUGAGGUAUGCUCUGGUUCUCAACGCAACUUGGCUGGUGAAUAGCGCCGCCCACAUGUGGGGAAACAGGCCGUACGAUGCUACCAUCAACCCAAGAGAGAACAAAUUCGUCGCAUUCAGUGCCAUUGGGGAAGGAUUCCACAACUACCACCACACAUUCCCUUUUGAUUAUGCCACAAGUGAGUUUGGCUGUAAACUGAACUUCACCACUUGCUUCAUUAACCUCAUGUGCUUCGUGGGCCUGGCCAAGGACUGCAAGAAAGUGCCACGCGAAGUCAUCCAGGCUCGUGUACAGCGCACAGGGAUCCAGAGGAAUGGCUGAGGGACAUGAAGACAGCGGGAAACAAAACGGUCACAAUGUUGCUAUUUGGGAGGGUUGCUCUGUUGUGAAAUCGGCAAUGUUCACCCCUAGUAAAAUGAAAAGAAAUCAUUAAUAACUGUUCUGUAAAAUUAAUACCAAGCUUAAACUUUUCUUUUAUUAUUAUAUACAGUAUAUAUAUGUAUAUUUUUUGGUAAUGCAGCAACAGAACCCAUCUGGUUGGGGGAGAGAACACAUUGUCCUGCAUGAGCAGACUCUAAAGGCAGAUAUUCCUGAAAAUCUACUCAUAAUUGAAAUUGGAUUUGGAAGGCUAUCUCUCUAAAGAGCUAAGGCAAACUUAAAUGCAGAACAAAACUGAGUGGCUGUUGUGGUAGGCAUGGACAACAAACAUGUUUGCCAAGCUACAGCUAAGGAAAUCGGACCAUUAGAAGUAAAUUCACAGUGAAAUACUGUAACUGCAUUAAAAAGAAAUGCAAAAAAGAAAAUAAAUGGGUGGGAUCAGUAGCUGUAGCCUGACCUGGUUUUGACCCUCCAAGAUAGGUCCCAGCAAAAUGAAAACAAUACCAAUAAACCAGAUUAGUUAUAGGAAGUGUUCAAAUAUUAGGUAAUAAGAAAAAACAAUUAUUUCAAUGCUACUGUACUCUCUUGCACUGUCUAUUAAAAGCAUAGUAUUGCAUCUAAACUGACAGGCCUAUCCAGAUUUUAAAACAACAACAAAAAAUGUGUGUGCUCAAAUAGAUUAUUUAUCCUUUUUUCAUCUGGUACUAUACAAAAAAAAGACUCAACAAGCUACUGUCAGUAGUUUAGAGUAAACAAGUGUUUACAUGAAAAGCUUGAAAAGCAGUAUUAUUUUGUUCAGGACCCUUGAAUAAACAUGCAGUUAAUCCA